AUCGCAGCUCUACAUUCGAUAGGGAAAGAAUCUAGUGGUUCCGGCUCAGGCUCAGGCUCAGUGUCGUUCACACGACGUUUACUUUUGGCUUUUCAAGAUGGGGAUGUCAUUGCAUUCAAAACUACUAAGGAAAUUGAAGGACCAUAUUGUGAAUUUGUUGAGAAUAAGUUCAAGAAACCGGUCAUUUUAGCCGGACCAAUAUUGCCAGAACCAAUAGAUACUUCAAAUCUAGAGGAAAAUUUGUCUAAGUGGCUAGAAAAAUUCCAAGAAAAGACUGUGAUUUUUUGUGCAUUUGGUAGUGAAUGCAAGCUCAAGAAAGAACAAUUCCAAGAACUUGUUUUAGGUCUAGAACUUACUGGUCUUCCAUUUUUUGCUGCCUUAAAACCGCCUUUUGAAGCCGAGACAAUUGAAGAUGCAUUACCAGAAGGUUUUAAGGAGAGAAUAGAAGGAAAAGGGAUUGUUCAUUCAGGUUGGGCAGAGCAACAGCUGAUCUUAUCACACCCUUCUGUGGGAUGUUUUGUUACUCAUUGUGGUGGAAAUUCUUUAUCAGAGGCUAUGAUUACUGAGGGUCAAUUGGUUUUAGUCCCAAAUUUUGGUGAUCAAUUCGUUAAUGCAAGGUUGUUUGUUGGAGAUUUGAGAGUUGGAGUUGAAGUUGAGAGAGAUGAAGAGAAUGGAUUGUUUACUAGAGAAAGUGUUUGUAAGGCCAUAAAAAUGGUAAUGAAUGAUGAGAGUGAAGAGGGAAGGGAGAUAAGAGCGAAUCGCGCAAAGUGGAGGGAGUUUUUAUUAAGCAAAGGGCUUGAGGAUUCUUAUAUUGAUGCUUUUGUUCAAAAGCUACAAACUCUUCUUUGAUUUUUGCUUGGAGCAUCAAUGGGCAGCAUGGUGCACCAAGUUCUUGUAUGUGCAGGGUCCGAGAAAGGAUCAGACUACAUUGGAUCGUGUGUACACAACUUUACAUUGCAUUUCUGCAAGAGACUGUUUCUGUUUGGAGUAUCAAUACACUAACUAAAUAAAAAUCUUCAUAGGGAAGGAUAUGAUAUUUUGUUUU